GAAAUAUCUGCUCUGAAACUUAUUUUUUAUAUAGAUAGGUAUAGCUUUGGAAAAAAAUAUUCGUAAAAGACUUCAAUACUAUUUAUUACAAAUAACAGUUAGUAAGUAAUAAAUAGUAUUUCAUCAUAUAUAACCUAGGUAGGUACUUUAUUGGGCAAAUUGUUGACAGUGAAAAGUAUUUGUGAUCCUGAGAUUUUGAUUGAAAGUUUACAAAAGUUUUAAAUAUUUUUGCAGAUUAAAAUAAUAACAACAAGAUUGAUAGAAAUCAGUAUGAAAGUAGACGACUACGUUUACAAACAUAUACCGAUUUCUGAAACGGAUGCUGAAAAAUAUAUGAGGGAAGUAUCAGCAUACAAAGAUCAAUGCGGGCGGGAUCAGCGCUCUCUGCAGGUGAUCGAUAAAUUGACUCGCUGCAUGAAAGCUAUAAUAAGAGACCACGAAGAAAUAAGAAAUGACACCAAUCACGACAGUCCUACAGUAGCUUAUGAUAUUAGAAGCACUUCCAUAUCACCAGUGUAUUCAAUAGCCGACGAAGAUAGAAACCAACUGACUCAAGUAGCUCAGGAAAGAGGUGGAGGUAAUGAAGAGGUUACUACAGAUAUAGACAUUAUAGACUUAACUAAUAUGGAAGAUGACGACAACAGCAAUAAUAAAACAGCUACAGAAUGUAAUGUUGAAGUUGAAAUACAUAGAGGCAUAUCUAAUUUAUCUUUGCAAGAUGUUGCCCACACUUUGAAGGACAGAACUGAAGAUACAAAUUGUUCUCAAAGUAUACUAAAUAAUUUUGUUAAUGUUGAAAAUAUGCAGCAGAAUAAAGUUAAUAAUAUUACUCCUGGAUCGACUGCUCCUAUAAGGGUGGUUAAUUUUAGCGAUAUAAAUAAAGCUAAUACUAUAUUUCAAACGAAUAAAAUAAGUAAAGAUGAUGAUAUAAAUGAAAUAAACAAUAAGAAUUCCUUUCCACAAACUUUAAGCAACUUAAACACUGACAUAAUUCUAAAAAGACCCAUGUCUAUUUGUGAAACAAAAUAUAAUUUGAUAGCCUCAGCUUCUGGAGAAACUAAAGGUGUCAAAGUUGUGCAGCCUAAUGUUUCUAUUCCAAAUAAUAAUAUUUUUACUGCAAAUCAAUAUUUCGUCUCAAAUAUUUCUAAAAGUCAAAUACAGACUUAUACAGACAGGACUUGUACUAUAAAUACUUUCGAUCAACAUACAAACAUAACUCAAACUCCCCAAAAUAAAGUAAAUGAGACAAGACCGUUCACUAAUAUAAUUGCACCUAAUUUUGGUGUUCCAACCCAUUCACAUCACGAAGUAACAAAAACCAAACACAUUUUGAACAAUAAUAAAACUUUGAAAGUAGCCAAGAACAAAAAAAAUACUACAAAUUCUAUGGCUAUCGCUCAUUCUGCCAUUUCUGAGGAAUCCAAAAAGACAAAAACGCCUCGCAAAAGUAAAGGCACUAGUAUUGAUAAAAAUAUCCCUAAAACCAAAACAGAUACAAGGAAAGCUAUCAUAAUGCCUGUAAAAGGAAACAGAAACAAGAAAGUGCCGAUUUAUAAUAAAAACGUUAUUGACGAUUUAUCUUGGAUAGAAAAUAUAAGAUACAUCAGAGAAAUUGACGCAAGCGAAAAUGAUUGUAAACUGCAAUUGGAAGAUGAUUUUUGGGACAAUUAUUAUUUGCCCGCCAACUGGAAUGACAAUGAAUUUGCGUAAUACACCGCUGAUUAUAUAGAUUCAUAAAAUAAAUGUAUGUCCAUUUAA